UACUCUCUGCGCACACGAUGUCGCCCUGCUUUCAUCCUCUGAUCUGACAGAUGGCUUCAGCUCCCCAUUGCAGCACAUUGGAGACCGGGAUGCGCUUGAAAGCAGUCUAACUGGCAACGGAUCUGCCGUUCGCAAUUCUUUCAAAGGCGACAACGUGCAAGGCCCGUACAGCAAGUUCUCAUCUCCAGUAACGCGAAAAAAUGAAGCUCUUCUAUGGAAAGAAGCCUGGAGCAAUAGCCAUGCCACCGACCGCAAACCCAUCGUCAGACCUGCGUUUCCAGAUUCAGUCCGUGACCGUUCGCCUGUCGUUGGCUUGUCAUCGAAAUUGGUGUUGAGGUCCUGCUUCCGUGUCGGGGAAGCAAUCAGCCAAGCUGGCAAAGCGAUGAAGCAAGGCCAGAACCUUCUGUUCGAGCUCUACGCUAGAGUCCUUUCUUCAGAACGCGAUGCCGUCAAGCAACAUUUCGUCUUCUCGGAUCUCUUUCAUCACCGGCCACCAUACCUGCAGGGUGAGUAUGAUGCGGCCAUCUGGAAGAACGUGGAGCUAUUCAAUUUUGAUAGCGGGCGUUUCCUGUCGACAGCAACGAUAUGUCGAUGCAUUGGUAGAAUCAAACGUAACGAGAGAGAUCAGACGUGGGUCAUGGUGGUUCUCAACAUUUGGGAGGCAACAUGGGAAGACAUUGACUGGGCUGAGGGGGUCGUCAACUCGUGAAGAAUAACUCGCCACUUCGCUUGGGGUCAUGGAGGAGAUACAAUCUCGUUGGGAGUAGUAUUCAAGAGGUAGGAAGUUCAGCAUCAGGUCCAAACGCAACAGGAUACCCAGAUGCUUGUGCAAUGCAAGUCACGCAUGUCCCGAUAUACUCAGCCAGGCAAGC